GACAAAGAAGAAUGCAACACUCGACUCUCGUAGGACAAGCGACAUUGUUGGAGUGACCUGAGUAAUUCCAACAGCAGACAAUAGAUAAACAUGGCAACUCCUCCAAAGCUUACACGUUCGUUUCCCGACAGGCCGUCGUCGCGCUCCGAAAGUGUCCCCCUACGACCCAAAAAGAUUUCAAUCGAAGGAAAUAUCGCGGCGGGCAAGUCCACGUUUGUGCGACUCCUGCAGGGGGCGUCGCCCGAGUGGGAGGUCAUCCCCGAGCCCGUCAGCAAAUGGUGCAACGUUCACGACGACGACAGCGGCGGCCGCAACAUUUAUCAGGAGUUGAGUUCGUCGCAGAAGAGCGGCGGAAAUCUGCUGCAGAUGCUUUACGACAAACCCGAGCGCUGGUCCUACACGUUCCAGAGUUACGUGUCACUCUGCAGACUUCGCACCCAGCGUCAGUCGCCAUCUCCGAAACUGCGGCAGGCUGAAAAUCCGGUCCAGCUGUACGAGCGCUCGGUCUACUCAGACAGAUAUGUUUUUAUGUCGGCGCUGCUGGAGGCCGGCAGCCUGAGCGAGGCCGAGUGGAGCAUCUACCGGGACUGGCACUACUGGCUGCUGGACGCCUUCCAGGCCGACAUCACCUUGGACGCGUUCAUCUACCUCAGGGCCGAGCCGCAGUUUUGUAUGCGGCGUCUGGUACGGCGCGGCCGCCACGAAGAGAGCGAACUGUCUCUGGAGUACCUAGAACAGCUUCACCAAAAACACGAGGACUGGCUGGUCCACAGGAAGCUCAGGCUGGACUUUGACUACCUGAAGGAACUUCCAAUCCUGGUUUUGGACGUCAAUGACGAUUUCAAGAACGAUCGCAUCAAGCAGGAAGCCAUCGUUGACCGGGUGCGAGAGUUUCUGUCCACGUUAUAGAAGAAAGAUACCCCCACCCACCACCCCUUCCCCAAAUGAAAGACCACUGGGGCUUGGCCCAUCUGCUUUUUUUUUUUUUUUUUUUUUUGGGGCGGGGGGGUGUUGUUGUUUGUCCUCCCCUGAACUGACCAGUUUCAUCAAGCCUGGAGGUCUUUUUUUUUUUUUCUUUUCCUCACAGACUCACGCGCAGAAAUCUUUUUGUUUUGUGAAUGAGCGAAAUUAAACGUUUGAGCGUCUCACAAGCGUUAGGAAUCAUUCCCCGGGCGAUUUCGCAAGCGCCCGAGCCGGCCGUCAAUGUUCAACCGAGCCAAAGGAAACAUUUUCCACAGAAAAGCGCCAGAAAAGCGCUGCGUUCAGCUGGUGACCUGUCAACCGCUCGCCCGGCGACUUGUUUGUUGCUCCGAGUCGCGCGGGGGGUGAAUUCCAAGCGAAGGUCGCCGCUCGCGUAGCGGGGAGCUGGUCCUGCUCGGCAAGCGGGCGAGGACUGGUGACCGGCCCGCUAUUUGUCUUUAUGUGCCCUGUGAUUAACUCGCGACUGGUCCAGUGUACCCGGCCUUUCCCCCAAACUUGGCUGCCAUUGGCUUUCCAUCUUUGGUGACGCAGAUGGACUGCGAAGUUGUCAUGAGUCUUGACGAAGUUCAGAUGAUCCAGCAGCUCGCUGUAGAGAACUAGUGCAGUAGUUGGGAACUGUUGCCACCCUGGGACUCGCGUGUUGCAAAGUCUUGACAAACUCUACUUACAAACGUCUCUAGUUAUGAAACGGUUCCCUGGAAAAAUAUUGUCUCAAGUUAUGGAGGGAAUUCAGGAUAUGAAAGGCAAAACUAGGCGCUUGGAAUUCGCCGCUCCCAAAUUCCACCGAACGUAAACAUUAUGUACAGUAUCCUCCUUUGUUUGGCUCAAUAGAGCCGCUCUCCCAUUGACUCUCGCCGUCGCAUGUUCCUGGCAUCCCAUUGGCUAGGAGGGACGUCAAUCUUUACCCUUCUACUUACGAAACAACUUCUGGAACGGAUUAAUUUCCUAAGUAGAGGCACCACAUCCAACUGUCCAUUUUCAUCCACUUAACUGGGUUCAGGUUCCGUGAGCCCGAUCUCUAAGGGAAAGCCUGGACUUUCUAUCCGCGAUGUCGUGGUUUUGGUCACAACCCACAUGGUUAGGGUCCCAAAGUAGAUUGACGUAAAACCAUCCAUGGUUGAGACUCAAACGCUCUUUUUUUUUUUUCACCAAGACAGGCUGAAACAGGUCCUGUAUCUCGUACUACCAGGGUACUCUGCACAGGUCAAACACCUUCUCCAAGUCCACAACAGACCAGUUGGGCGAAGUCCUCGUACAGACCCCACGGAGGGCGUAGAGCUGGUCGCCUGUUCCGUGGUCAGGAUGAAAACUACACUUCGCUUUAACUUUCCGACGGACCCUUCACUCCAGAAUCCCUGAGUGGACCUUAGCAGGGACCCGGAGGAGUGUGAAUUUUUUUUUUCCCCCCCAGUAAUUGGUUGGCUCAAACUGUUUCCUAAACUGAACUAGUAGCCGGUGUGCAAGGGUGGAACAUUUCCUGUCGCUUGCUUAAUUCUCUGUCGUUCAGCUCGGGAACUUGCUGCGCCUCUGAACUAAAAAAAAUUUUGUAGAUGAGUACUCUACAUGUCCGUCUUUUUUUGCUGUCUGCAACCCUCCCAAGAUGGGCCCCCCCGUGACACUUCUGGAUCCCGACCCACCAGUUGAGAAUCUCUGAUCUCUCCUGGAAGUCGGAACGGGCAUCAGACCCUUGCGUGUUUACAAGCUGUGGGAACGUGAUAA